AAAUGAAGCUUUCAUCUCUAGUUUUACUUUCAUUUCUUUUCAUUUCAGUUUCUUUUGCAAAAUCCGUUAUUACCGAUGAUCAUCAAGACUUUCUCCAAUGCCUAAAUAACAAUUCUGAUCAGCAAUCAAAUCCAAUUUCUGAUGCCAUCUUCACCCCUAACAAUUCUUCAUUUACUUCUGUUUUACAAUCUUAUGUAAGAAAUCUGAGAUUUUCCGCUCCUUCAACGCCAAAACCAAUUGCCAUUAUUGCAGCAAAGCAUGAUUCCCAUGUCCAAGCUGCUGUUAUAUGUUGUAAGAAUCUCAGCUUGCAAAUCAGAAUCCGAAGCGGCGGACAUGACUAUGAUGGGCUUUCCUAUGUUUCAGAAGUCCCUUUUGUAAUUCUUGACAUGUUCAACCUUCGAUCUAUCGAUAUAAAUAUAACAGACGAAACUGCUUGGGUUCAGUCAGGAGCGACUCUCGGGGAACUUUAUUAUAGAAUUGCAGAGAAAAGUAAUGUCCAUGCAUUUCCUGCCGGUGUGUGUCCUACACUUGGGCUUGGAGGUCACUUUUCAGGAGGUGGGUACGGAAACCUGAUGAGAAAAUACGGUCUCUCUGUAGACAAUAUCGUCGAUGCUCAAAUAGUCGACGCAAAAGGUAGAAUUCUUGAUAGGAAAUCUAUGGGGGAAGAUCUGUUUUGGGCAAUCAGAGGAGGAGGUGCUGCGAGUUUCGGAGUAAUUCUUUCUUGGAAAAUAAAAUUGGUUCAGGUUCCUGAAAACGUCACUGUUUUCCAAGUCGUCAGAAGUGUGAAUCAGGGCGCCACAGACCUUGUCUGGAAAUGGCAACAAAUAGCUGAUAAGUUAGACCAAGACUUGUUCAUCAGAUUGAUACCAACACCUGUAAAUGGAACUGUAAAUGUGACAUUCGUCGCCAUGUUUCUCGGAGAUCCUGAAAGACUCCUGACAUUAAUGAAUUACAGUUAUUCUGAACUGGGUUUACAGAAGGAAGACUGUAUUGGAAUGAAAUGGAUCGAAUCGACAGUUUUUUGGUUCGGAUUUCCUAAAGGAACUCCGAUCGAAGCUUUACUCAAUAGGCCUGUAAAUGCAUCAAUUUACCUGAAAAGAAAAUCAGACUAUGUGAAAGAACCAAUUUCAAAGGAGGGUUUGGAAUCAAUUUGGAAAAUUAUGGCAGAAGUCGGAAUAUCAAUGCAAUGGAAUCCAUACGGAGGUAAAAUGAGUCAAAUUUCCGAGUCGGAUACUCCAUUUCCACAUAGAGCUGGCAACAUAUUCAAAAUUCAGUAUUCUGCUAACUGGUUUCAGAAUCAAACAACAGAAAAAUUGCUGAAUUCGACGAAAACCCUUUUUGAAGCUAUGACUCCUUAUGUGUCCAAGAAUCCAAGAGAAGCGUUUCUGAAUUAUCGCGAUAUUGACAUUGGCAGCAUUGGCAGCAAUGGAAAUGGCACAUUUGAGGAAGCAAGUGUUUAUGGUGUUAAAUACUUCAAAGAUAAUUUUGACAGAUUGGUGAGCGUGAAGACAGCAGUUGAUCCUGAUAAUUUCUUCAGGUAUGAACAGAAUAUUCCGACACGGUCUGUAUUUUACAGGAAGUCUACAGUUUGAAGAUCAGAAAUUGGGUACUAAUUUCCAAGUAGUUUGAUGAGACAAGUAAAAAUUGUUCCUGCAAAUCUUUGCCUGUAUGGUUUUUUGUUUUCGUUUGUUCAUUGAAAUCUGACAAUGCAAACUGAUGUAACUUUAGUUAA